GUUUGAUUUUUUCAAAUCACAAUUAUUCACAACAAAAAAUUGCAACAAUUAUUGAUUUAUAACAAUAAAACUAAAGUGUUAAUUUAAAAAACUUUGUUGUGUGAAUAUAUUGACAGUGCUGGAUUGCAGCAAAAAUUGAAUUGACUGAAUGAAUACGUAUAAAGUAGGGAAAUAUUUAGUUUAUUGACGGAGUUGGGUUGCGGUUAGCCUAAUAUCCUCUUUUAUAUGGUAAAAGCUCAAAUCCUUUCACAUUACAAGGAAAAUGGAAUGAGUGCUUUAAUGGAGCUUCAUAUGACUAAUGACUCCCUUGUGAGUUGUGGAUGACUCCGUUGUAGAGUCAUAAAAUGGCAUCCGCAUCACGGCACCCUUUCAAUUAUUAGUAAAGGUAAUGAAUGGGGAGUUGAAUACAGUAGAGAAAGCCGGAAAAGAAGAGGAAAUGAUUGUACUUGACGAGGGAGAACUCAUACCAGUAGAAGAAAAUGAAACUCCUGGCGUGCAAGCUGACAUGGGAAAGAGCAUAGAAUUUCUAGAAGCACAAAAGGUCAAAGAUCUGGAGAUGGAACUGGAAAAAGUUUCCCAACAUUUAGAUGAAUCAGAAUCCCUAAAUACAAAGUUGAAGGAGGACCUCUUUGUUACAAAAGAGUUGUUAGGAGAAUGCGGGACGAGAUAUGAAGAACUGGAGCUCAACCACCAGAAGUUGCAGGAACACAUUGCUGACACAGAAGGAAGAUACACUUCCCAACUUGCUGCUAAAGAAGAAUUGGAAGUUGAGGUCAAGAUCCUAGAAACUAAGCUUGCAUCAACGCAUGAUCGAAUCGCUGAACUUGAAUCUGCAUUAAGCUCAGCCAUGGAAAAGAAUAAGGAAUUGUCCAAUGAAUUAAAUGAAAAGGAGCAGAAACUGGAGGGCAUGGAAAAAUACCUAAUGGCUGCUGGAAAUAGAGAGAGUGCAGUACUGGAGUCUGGAGAAGCUAGUUUCGGUCAGGGAAGAAAAGGAGGCCAUUAUUCAACAGCUCUCUUCUCAUAUGGACACUGUCUUUGAGUUAACAGAAACACUGACACUCACAAGAUCUCGCUUCUCAGAAACAGAAUCAAAGUUGGAAGAAGCUAUGCAGAAACUUACCCUAAAAGAUACCCAAGCUCGGGAUCUAUCUGAGAAGCUAUGCUCUCUUCAAGAUAUGGUGAAAAUGUAUGAAGAGCAAGCUCGUGAAUCUUCUUCGCUUGCCGAAAGUAUUAAAAAGGAACUCAAACAGACUAUUACACACUGGAGAGAUCAAGUGAGAAUCGCAGAGGAACUGAAAAUUAGAUGUGAUACACUUGAAGGAGAGAAAAAGAGUGCCAUAGCCGAAAAGAAAGAGGAAGUCGAAAGGCAGAAGAAAGUGCUAGAAGACUUGGCCCAUGAACUUACUUCACAAGGGGAAAAGAUGCACCUGCAGCUAUCUUCAGCUUUGAAGGAAAAUAAAGAGCUCCUCCAGACGUAUAAAGAUUCUGAGAAUGAGCUGGUGGAUAGAAUAGCUGAUCUUAAAGAACAACUAUAUGAAACUAAAUCAAGCAAGGAAGCACUACAAUCCCGAGUCGAGAUCCUAACUGCUGAUAUCUCUCGGGAAUUCAAACUUCAGACACUUGUGAGGGAGCUUGAAGAACAAUUAGCGAAUACAAAGACUGAAGUGAAAAAAGCAGAAUCUCAAAGGGAGAUGGAAGCAGAGGCUGCUCUGAGGGAACUGCAAGCUAAGAGUAUUUCAGUAGCAGUUCUGGAGAGGAAAGUUAAAGAACUCGAAGAGACAUUGCAGGCGGAUAGGGCUGGCAAUAUCACCCGCACCCGCGGAUAUCCGUUCAACCCGAACCGAAAAUAUGGACGAAAACCCGAAAAAAAUGGAUGAAAAAUGGAUGACAGGUGGAUUGAAAGACGGGUUGGAUCGGGUGUGGAUGAACACUCGUCCAAUCCAUCACCCGACCCGUCACCCGCUCCAUCCACCCACCCGCUAACCCGCAUAUAAAAAUAAAUAUAUAUUAUAUUAUAUAUAAUAUCUAUUUAAUAAUAAAUAUAAUAAUUAAUAUUAAUGUAUUACGGAGUAAUAGAUAUGUGUAUUUCUUAAUGAAGAAGACACAUAUCUAUGAAUUGGUGAAAUAAAGACAAUUGAAGAGUUUCAAGAAGUGGCAAUUGAACUACGAAAAAUAGUUUUGUGCCGAUGCAGAAAUGUAGGAUUUGAGGAUUUGACAGCUUGAAAAAGUUAUGUCUAUUUUGUUCGACAAACACUUCUUUCUUUAUUGCAGUGAAAUAAUGAUUGUAAUAUACUUAAUUGC